GGGUUUUAUGGUAAAACCGCAAAGUCUUCCUGACGAGUUUGCUUCUUCACUUUCCAAACACGAGAGUUCAGAGAACAUUUCAGAAAAGAGGAAGAAGAAGAGGAAGGAGGCGCUAAAAAUGUCGUUUAUGAGAGGAAAUUUGCUCUCUAAAACUAGAAAGCUCGUCAAGGGAAUGGCCAAGGCCGAACCCCUCUGGCUCAAAGCCAUGGAAGAAGCUCCACCAGCAACAUUUCCUCGAGCAGAGGGGAAAAUUCAAACCAUUACUCUUCCUGAGGAUGCCUACGUGAAGAAAUUUUACAAUAAAUAUCCGGAUUCGAAAUACCAUGAUCCAAUCAAGAUAUCUGCUUUUGAUCAUCCUCCAUCACGUAUAUAUGCCUUGAGGGUUCUUGAGUUGAAAGAGCAGGGCAUAAAUGAGGAACAAGCAAUGGCUGUAGCUGAUAUGGAAUAUCUGGCAGAGAAGAAGGAAAAGAAGAAAGCAUAUGCUCGCUUGAAGCAAAUUGCACGUCUUCAAGGAAAGAAACCUCCUCCAAACCCAUAUCCAAGUGCCAUCAAGGAGAUACAAGCCGAGGAGAGGAAAUACGUUCGUGAUCGUUUCCACAAUCCCAAGAUACGCGAAAUUCUGGAGCAACAAAAAGCGGAGGCAAACCAAAGAUUUGGAGAUAGUGGUUGGUAAUGUAUAGGCUAAGUUACAACGUAUUGAGACUUUAUCUCUUGAUCAAAUGAGAGCUAUAACAAUAAUAUUGGCCAAUUAGCUACUGGAGUGCAUGCCAUAAUAUUAAAGGUGGGAUUAUCAUUUGUCGCAUUAGGUUGAAUGCACUAAGAAAUUGUGUCAAAAUUUUAUUCAAGCAUCAUUCUACCAACAAAAGUGUUUAGUUGCAAACCUUUACUAUUAGUUAAGGUUCUGUUAGCUAUCUACUUUGUUGUUGAUUUGUCCGUUAAGUGGUUUGUUUAUGUUGGAUUUUGUUUGCAUAAAUA